CACUAAGUUUAAACACUAGUGAUCAAUCAAUUCUUCAUAAUUUUCUCCAAUUUUUCGUCGUAUAUCUAUAUAAUUUUGGUCAUACAUAUCGAUUAAUUUGUAUCGAAUCGAUCAAUCGAUAUGGAUAGAAUAGGUGACUUGGCAUCAAAGAAGGCAGCAGUAAUAUUCACAAAGAGUUCAUGUUUUAUGUGUCAUAGUAUUAAAGCACUAUUUUAUGAUAUUGGAGCAAGUCCAGCAAUUCAUGAACUUGAUCAAGAUCCAAAGGGAAAAGAAAUGGAAUGGGCAUUGAGAAGUUUAGGUUGUAAUCCAUGUGUUCCUGCUGUUUUUAUUGGUGGAAAAUUUGUUGGAUCAUCUAAGGAUAUUAUAUCCUUACAAGUUGAUGGAUCACUCAAACAAAUGCUCAUUGAUGCCAAAGCUAUUUGGUUAUAAGUAAAAUAAAAUAAAAUACACUACUAAAAAUCAGUCAAUUUUUCGACUACGUUUCGAUCGAAAAAAGUCUUCGAUGGAAAUUGGUCGAAAAACCAUCAGAAAAGCACUCAUAUGGAAUGUUUCUGAUGGUGUUUCGAUUGGAAAAGCACUCGAUUGAGAUGUUUCCACAACGGGAAUUGGGCCGAAAAACCGUCGGAAAAGCACUUGUAUGGAAUGUUUUCGAAGGCAUUCCGAUCGGGAAAACACGCGAUUAAAAUAUUUUUGACAAACUUCUUACGGGACUUCGAUCAUAAAACUGUCGGAAAAGCACUCGUAUGCGAUAUUUCUGAUGGACUUUUCAUCGGAAAUUCGAUUAGUGUUUGAUGGAUUGUCAAUCAGAAAUUGAUUGAUUUCUAGUAGUGAAAAAAAGAAGAAAAAAAGAAUAAUCUAGUGCACUAAGUUUUCAUUGUGGAUAGGUCUAGAAAGGGCCGGACCAAAUUAGGUUUAUUGUAAGUUUUUGUACUAAAAACAACAUCUAGGUUCUUAGCUUGUACACAAAUUUUUUUUGUGUCAACUUUAACCCAAUGUUUUUAUUUUCCUUUCUAAUUAAUCCUCUUUUCCUUUAAAAGGAAUGGAGGUUUGAGGGAGAAAAGGAAGCCAUGUUUUGUCAAAAUGGCUUAUAAUGGAAAACUUUUCUCGGUCGUCGAUUUCAACUUGGUUGAGACUGAA